CAUCCAACGGCUGAAGUUUAUGAAAAAAAUCUAACACAACAAGGUCAAACUGAAAUCCACGUGUCGUUCUGAUGAGUUAAAAUUUCUAUGCAUCGCGAGCCUUCACUAUCCCGAAAAUGUUGAAAAUUCACGCGUCACCUUCCUUGAUAAAGCCUCUCUUUUAUUUCGACUUGUCCUUCUCAUCAUCUAUCUCCCCGACUCUCUCGCCACUCCGAUCCGCCAGUCUCCGCCUCUUUCGUCUUCGCCGGACUCCAUUUCGUGCACUCGUCACCAUGUCCGUGUCCAAAUCCGACGCCAUUAGUCAUUCAACGCCGGAACAUGUCGCCGGGAAAUGGUGCUCGGUGCCGGACCUCCGACUCCGCGACCACCGAUUUAUGGUCCCUCUCGAUUAUAAAAAUCGUGAUGCUUCUUCGAAGAUAUCCAUUUUCGCUCGUGAAGUCGUCGCUGUUGGGAAAGAGGGGCAGCCAAUGCCAUACCUUUUAUUCCUUCAAGGAGGGCCUGGUUUUGAAUGCCCUCGACCAACUGAAGGCAGUGGAUGGAUACUUAAAGCAUGCGAAGAGUUUCGAGUUAUAUUGAUGGAUCAGCGAGGAACAGGUUUAUCAACCCCUUUGGCUCCGUCAUCUAUGCAGCAAAUAAAGUCUGCCCAAAAGCUGGCUGACUACUUGACACAUUUCCGAGCCGACAACAUUGUCAAUGACGCUGAAUUCAUCCGAGUUCGUCUCGUUCCCGAAGCUAAGCCUUGGACCGUUUUAGGCCAGAGUUAUGGUGGCUUUUGCGGAGUUACUUAUCUGAGUUUUGCACCCCAAGGUUUGAAACAAGUGCUUCUAACGGGAGGGAUACCUCCAAUUGGAGAUGGAUGUACUGCAGAUUCUGUUUAUAAAGCUUGCUUUGAACAACUUAUUUGUCAGAAUGAAAAAUACUAUAAGAGGUUCCCUCAGGAUAUUGAAAUAGUCAGAGAUGUUGUUACCUUUCUGGCAGAAUCUGAAGGAGGCGGGGUACAGCUUCCAUCUGGGGGAAUCUUAACCCCCAGGGGGCUGCAAUUUCUUGGUCUAUCCGGUUUAGGAUCAAGCGCAGGUUUUGAACGAUUGCAUUAUCUGUUUGAGAGGGUCUGGGAUCCAAUUUUAGUUCCAGGAGCACCUAAGCAGAUCAGCUCAUACUUUCUAAAUGCUUUCGAAACAUGGGUGUCUUUUGGUACAAAUCCACUAUAUGCAAUUCUCCACGAGUCAAUAUACUGUCAGGGUGCUUCAUCGCGGUGGUCUGCUCACAGAGUAAGGGCUGACCAUGAGAACAAAUUCGAUGCAAUCAAGGCUGCAAAAGAAGGACGUCCCGUACUUUUUACGGGGGAGAUGAUAUAUCCAUGGAUGUUUGAUGAAAGUGAAGCUUUGAGGCCUUUCAAGGAUGCCACUCAUAUAUUGGCUGAGAAGGAAGAUUGGCCUCCAUUGUACGAUAUCGCUGCUUUGAAAGAUAACAAGGUACCAGUAGCAGCUGCUGUAUAUUAUGAGGAUAUGUAUGUCAACUUCAAGCUGGUGAUGGAAACAGCUUCUCAGAUAGCAGGAAUAAGGUUAUGGGUAACUAAUGAAUACAUGCAUUCAGGGCUACGCGAUGCAGGUGGGCAAGUUUUUGAUCAGUUGAUGGGGAUGCUCAAUGGAAAGAAGCCUUUGUUCUGAAUUCCUAAUUAGCGUCUUGUCUGUGUAUAUUAUUGAGCAACUAAAACUUCGUUCAAAAACUCUAUCAGCAGAUCACGCGGUUGCAUUAUCUUAAAUUUUAGUUGCAGAACAACUGAACGUGUUCAAUUUCU